AGACAGCAACUUCCACCACAUCCAACAGGAGUGCAUAUUUUGGGUGGUCUUUUGAGCCAUGGGGCAGAAUAGUCCAUUUGGCCCACCAAGUCUACUCUGCCAUUCGAUCAUGGCUGAUCUAUCUCUCCCUCCUAACCCUAUCCUGCUUUCUCCCCAUAACCUCUGACACUUUAUCUGUGCUUCUGUGUGGUUGUGCUGAUGUAUAGUAUGUUUUCACUGGACUGACUGUAUGUAAUACAUAAGAGUUUCACUGUAUACAGGCACACGUGGCAAUACAGUAGUAGGAUCUUUGGUAGCAUUGAACCAUUGCCACCCUAGUGCCAGCGUGUCCCAGUCCCGGCCCCCAGGUGGCGCAGCCGAGCACCUACCCCCGGCUCCACUGGCAGCCGCUCCGCCAUCUUGAAUCCCGUUCUCCCGCCUCCCACGGACCCAUUUAUUGACGAAUUCGCCGCAUUUAAUGACGAACCCGCCACAUUUAUUUAAAACUAACGCGAAAGCAACACCCACCCGCCGUGUGCAGGUCGCGGGAAAUGUAAACGACGCCGCUCCAGCGGAAAAAAAAACCUUCCUGCAGCCAAGCGCUCUGGGCUGAUUACUCUCUAAACCAAAAGCUCAGAUAGUCGAGUCCUGGCAACAUCCUCGUAAAUCUUCUCUGCACUUUCUCACUGGUUGGAACCAAAGAUCAUAGAGCAAGAGCAAGAUGGUCCACUCAGCGGAAACAGUCGUAGUACGUCAUGGGUAAUUUUUAGCACCAUCUUAGGAACUGUCUUUGCGAUAACGGCCAUGGCCUCCACAUGCUCAUCUACAAGCGUAGCUUGCUGUUCUGCUAUAAGUUGCUCAAAUCGCCAAUGUAAAAGACCCGACCUGUCUUUCUUCAGGUUCCCCAAGAACAACGAAAGAUGUCGACAGUGGGUCCAGAACACUCGUCGAGUAGAUCUCCGACACCGAACAACGGAGUACUUGUCAAACAACUGCCGUCUUUGUGCUGAACACUUCGAACUUGAGCAGUUUUCCAACAAGCAGACCAAGAACAGGCUAAAUUGGAAUGCAGUUCCAACGCUCUUUGACAUCCCUAAUCCGCCGAAACGUCUGUCUACCCAACGCAGGUUACUCAAGAGGAAGAAUGACAACCUCCCAUCUUCACCAAUGCUUUCAAAGCAGCAAAGAGUCUUGGCAGUGUCACACAGCAUAAAGACCGAACAUUCUUACUGCUUAAGUGCAGACCAAAUUCAUGGUAUAGAUGAUCCUCAAGUCAUACCAAGUGUAAAUUUCACCAGAGCUCUGAAGAGGGAAAGACAGCGUACUUUUCGCCUCAAAAAAAAAGUACAACAGAUGGAACGAUCAAUGGAAAAGGUUCAAUUGCCAGGGCAAAAGGAUUCUCCGGAAAUUGCUGAAAUAUCUUUGAAUAUACCGAAGAUCAUAAUCUGUGUGGUUAGUGGAGAAAUGAGUGUGGGAUCUGAUCUGGAAGGCACUUCAUCUCGUACUUCUGACUCUCCUUUAAGUAGUCUUAAAAUUAUGGAUGUCAAAUCACUGUCAUCUCCACAAAUAUCAACUGAUGGUGAAAGUAUUAAACGAAAACUUGACUGUAACGAUGUAACUCCAAAUCUAAAAAAACAAAAACUAAAUGAUGGAAGUUCACACGACAUGUCUAAGAAUGGCGAUGCAGCCAGAAACGUCAGUUUUGAAGAUGACAUAAUUCUUCUUGAAGAGAAAAGUACACCAAAGCAUGAAGAAAAUUGUGACUUGUCAAAAGUUAAAAAAGAGGACGGAGGGAGUGUGGACAGGUCAUGCUUUGUCAUUAACAACUGCAAUGGUAAUGAUUUGCCCAGGAAUUGUGAAGAAAUAUCUUCAGCUGAGCAACCACUGAACUUGAAAGUCUCUAUCAGGGGAGAGGGAACUGCAUGUCGAGAUCAGAGAUUCUCUGGAGGUGCUACUGAAGAGAGAGUACAAAUUCACCCGCGCCAUAAUAUCUCGCUUCCGUGCUCGUCAGAAGGUGUAGAGGAAAGUAACGAAAAGAUAAAAUGCCUGCAAAAUGUGCUGAAAUUCAUGACCGAACAGAGGAACAGCUUGAAAGCAAAAAAUGAAUUGUUAGAAAAGAAAUUGAAAACGUCAAAAAAGCUUCUUGAAAUACCUGGUGAUCACGUUAAAAAUGUGCUCUGCCACCAGUGGACCCAGUAUGAGUUCAUCAUGGGGGAUGAGACCGAGCGCGUGAAAGAUUUCAACAACUUGAGCAAUGAUCAAAAGACAGUCCAAUACGAACUUGCACUGAAGGAAGUGGAAUUGUUAAAGCAACAGAACCAGGCAUUGGUGAAUUCCAAGAAGGAAUGUGUUGCUUGUAGCAUAGAAAGAGAGAGGAAGACAAACGAUCCCAGCAGCUCGAAGGCAUGUCGUGGCAGUUAGACACCUGCAAAUCUGAGCGGGAUCAAUUAAAGGAUAAAGCAGAACACCUUUACAGAACAUUUUAUGCUUUAUUUCUCGACUUGUUACUGAUUAAAGUUUAAAAAAAUCAAAAUACUUUGAAUUUCAAACAGCCAGCUUCAACUGAUGAUGUCACAAGGGCUCGGCUAGCAGUGAUCAGCUUCACUUACGUUCGGAAACGGCUUGAGUUGGAAGAUCACGACUCCAUGGGAACUACGGGUAGGGAACGGGUGCAUUGACGGAGCAGAACCAACGGGUCUGCACUUGGUCUAGUCAUAUACUUAUUAAAAGUCUGAUCUUG